CUGGCCCUAAAGGCCUAUCCAGACAAACUUGCAUAAGCGCGUAACGCAUAUGCAUAAGGAAAUUGACUAAUCGUAUGUUUAAUACAAAAAAUAUUUUUUUACUACACGGAUCAUAAUUGGUCAAUUUCCUUAUGCAUAUGCGUUACGCGCUUAUGCAAGUUUGUCUGGAUAGGCCUUAACUCUUACAGCUAUUGUAGACGAGCCUUUAGUGAGAAGUACAAACGGUACAAAUGACCUGAUGUAAGAAAGAGAAGCAGAAUUUUUUGAAAUCGUGGAUAUUCUACAAAUAGGAAAUUAAAAAUGCAACCUCACAUAAUUCUAUUGAAAGAAGGCACAGAUAAAUCCCAGGGAAAAGAACAUUUAAUAUCCAAUAUAAAUGCAUGUCAAGUUGUUGUGAAUGCUAUUAGGACUACUUUAGGUCCUCAUGGCAUGGAUAAACUUAUAGUCUGUGAAAAUGAGAAAAGCACAAUCUCUAAUGACGGUGCCACUAUCUUGAAGAUGUUAGAUGUUAUUCAUCCAGCUGCAAAGAUUUUAGUAGAUAUCGCAAAAUCACAAGAUGCAGAAGUGAAAGAUGGUACCACCAUGUUUUAUUGUUACCACAUUGUUGUAUUGUUAACAGGAGAAUUUUUGAAGCAAAUGAAACCAUUUAUAGAAGAUGGUGUACAUUCGCAUAUAAUUAUUAAAGCUCUUCGUCGCGCAUUACAAAUUGCUAUAGACAAGAUAAAUGCACUAAGUGUCCGAAUAAAUAAAAACAAUCUUAACAAACAGAUUGUGCUUCUGGAAAAGUGUGCAGCUACAUCAAUGAGCUCAAAGCUAAUAAACCAUCAGAAAAGUUAUUUCAGUAAAUUAGUUGUCAAAGCUGUUCUAACAUUGGACAACUCGCUUCCUCUUAACAUGAUAGGAAUUAAGAAGGUUUCCGGAGGUGCAUUAGAAAAUUCAGAACUAAUAGAAGGAAUCGCUUUCAAAAAGACUUUCUCAUAUGCCGGAUUCGAAAUGCAACCAAAGAGGUACUAUUCGUGUAAGAUCGCAUUGUUGAACAUUGAAUUGGAACUGAAGGCUGAGAAGAAUAAUGCGGAAGUGCGCGUGGAUAAUGUAGUAGAAUAUCAGAAAAUCGUCGACGCGGAGUGGAAGAUACUUUACGACAAACUUGACCGGAUUUAUAAAAGUGGUGCGAAGAUCGUGCUGUCGCAGUUGCCGAUCGGCGAUGUCGCGACGCAGUAUUUUGCAGACAAAGACAUGUUCUGCGCCGGUAGAGUUCAAGAUGAAGAUCUCAAAAGGACUUUGAAGGCUUAUGGUGGUGCUAUUUUGGUGACAGUACAUGACAUUAAGGAUUCUGAUCUUGGAAUGUGCAAGAUCUUUGAAGAAAAGCAGAUUGGUAAUGAGAGAUUCAAUAUCUUGUACGAAUGUUCAGGAACAAAAACUUGUACAUUCAUUUUACGCGGAGGUACCAAACAAUUUCUCGACGAAACAGAAAGAUCCCUUCACGAUGCCAUCAUGGUCGUCAGACGCAUGAUAAAAAAUAAUGCAGUAGUCGGUGGAGGUGGUGCUAUUGAAAUGGAACUCUCAAAGAUUUUACGCGAUUAUUCUCGUAACAUCGUGGGAAAGGAGCAGUUCUUGAUAAUGGCGAUAGCGAAAGCCUAUGAGGUUAUUCCGAGACAACUUUGUGAUAACGCUGGAUUCGACGCGACAAAUAUUUUAAAUAAAUUACGUCAGAAACAUGCUAUGGGCAUGUCUUGGUACGGUGUCGACAUAAAUUCGGAGACUGUCGUAACAAAUAUAUACGAUUGCAUUUGGGAGCCCACGACAAUCAAGAUCAAUGUAUUGACCGCCGCUACGAAGGCUGCGUGUCUCAUUUUGUCUAUUGACGAGACUGUCAAGAAUCCAAAAAGCAUUCAGGAUACUUCACAGACUCCAGCAAGUAAGAAGCUUGUAAGACGCGGUAUAGGUAGACCCAUGUAAUGUCAAGCGGAGCACUUCAUCUAAUUUAGAUGAUAAUCCGUAUUUCCUUGAGGAAAACUCAAAAUGUGAUAAAAUAGAAGUAUUGAAAAGUUAUCUAAAUUUUUCACUUACACAAACAUGAAUAUUUCUAUAGUUUUAUUUUGUUGGUCUCGUUUAGUAACAUUUUGUACAUAUGUACAUUGUUUCCUAUGCAUUGCAAUACUACCAUAAAUCCUUAUGUUUAAAAUAAUUGUCAUGUUGCAA